GCCGUUUAUAGGUUACUAAACCUAUCUCUCUCUCUCUAUUGAAGAUGAAUCGCCAGAAAUCCUUACUUUCAUUUUUCCACAAAACCACGCCGGAAAACCGCAGUUCCGGCCUAGGGCGAGCUCCCGGUUCAUCGGUUCAGCAAGCCGACCGUAUUGACACUGCCGCCUUCAAUCAGCAGCCGACGGCCGAUGACGUCAGAGGAACCGACACGCCGCCGGAGAAGGUGCCACGUCAGGUUUUACCGGCGAGUUUCGCGCCAAGUGAGAACAAAUUUGGUCCGUCCCUAUUUGAGAGCAUCAUGCACAAAUUCGUCAAGGUCGAUGAUGACGAAAGAGUUAUUCAGAGGAGCCACUUGUCAAAUGUUAGUUUGCCUAAAUCUUCAUCAUCGGGACUAUGUACUGAAAGUAACCGUAAAGAAGCAGCUUCUCAACCUUUGGUAAAAGCAAGGGAUAAUGCUGCAAAAUUCAAGGAAAAGACGAUUAAUCAGGAAAACAUCAUCGAGAUUGAAACUGAUGAUGAUAUUACUGGACCAGUAACCCCAGGGAUGCAGCCUCUUGCUUCUCAUGCAAAGCGAAGUCGCGAGGAUGGAUCCAAGUUUUGUUCCUUGCUGGAUUCUGGCAAACGAGUCAGAUUUCUUGAGGAAUCAAAAGCUGUGAACAUGACUGAGAAGGAAGCAGAACUGGCUAGCAAGUUUGAAUGGCUCGAUAAUUCUCGAAUCAGGGAUGCUAAAGGAAGAAGACCCAAUGAUCCUUUAUAUGACAGGACGACACUUUAUAUACCUCCAGAAGUUUUGAAAAAAAUGUCAGCAUCACAGAAACAGUAUUGGAGUGUCAAAUGUAAAUAUAUGGAUGUUGUGCUAUUUUUUAAAGUGGGAAAGUUUUACGAGCUUUAUGAAAUGGAUGCUGAGAUUGGCCAUAAGGAGCUUGAUUGGAAAAUAACAUUAAGUGGCGUGGGAAAAUGUCGGCAGGUUGGUAUAUCUGAAAGUGGGAUUGAUAAUGCUGUUCAAAGCCUGGUUGCUCGUGGAUAUAAGGUUGGACGAGUGGAGCAAUUGGAGACAUCUGAACAAGCAAAAGCUAGAGGAGCCAACUCUGUUGUUCAGAGAAAAUUAGUUCAGGUAGUCACUCCAUCAACCACUGUGGAUGGUAAUAUUGGUCCUGAUGCCAAUCAUCUUCUUGCAAUUAAAGAGGGGAACAAUGGUUUGGAUAAUGGUUCAGUUGUGUACGGAUUUGCUUUUGUUGAUUGUGCUCGGCUUAGAUUUUGGGUUGGUUCUAUAGAUGAUGAUGCAUCCUGUUCUGCUUUGGGGGCUUUAUUGAUGCAAGUGUCACCCAGGGAAGUUAUGUAUGAAAGCAGAGGGUUGUCCAAAGAAGCUCAGAAAGCUCUUAGAAAAUUCUCGUUGAAUGGUUCAACCACACUACAGUUCACUCCAGUGCAGUCGAUCACUGAUUUGGUUAACACUGAAAUUAGGGAUUUAAUUUGCUCAAAGGGAUACUUCAAGGGAUCCUCUCAUGCACUGGAUCAUGUACUGAGCAAUGUGGUUCAUCGUGAAAGCACCUUGUCUGCUCUUGGUGGACUGAUUGGUCAUCUUGAUAGAUUGAUGUUAGUUGAUAUCCUACAGAAUGGGGAUAUAUAUCCAUAUCAAGUUUAUAGUGGUUGCCUCAAAAUGGACGGUCCAACAUUGAUAAAUCUAGAAAUCUUUGGCAAUAAUGAGGAUGGUGGCAAAUCAGGCUCAUUGUACAAUUAUCUUGAUAACUGUGUAACUUCAUCUGGAAAGCGGCUUCUUAGGAAUUGGAUCUGCUGUCCAUUAAAAGAUGCUGAAGGAAUUAAUAACAGGCUUGAUGUAGUGGAUGAUCUAGUGUCUUACCCUGAGAUUGUAUCACAUAUUGCUCAACAUCUUCGGAAGCUUCCAGACUUGGAACACUUGCUUGCCCGACUUAAAUCCAGCCUUCAACUAUCAGGCCCUCUCUUACUGCCAUUGUUGCGAAAGAAAACAUUGAAGCAGAGAGUCAAAGUUUUUGGGUCUCUUGUGAAAGGCUUUCGGACUGCUUUGGGAUUGUUGCUUCUUCUGCAGAAAGAGCAACCUUUAAUAUCAUCUCUGACCAAAGUUUUUAAGCUUCCAAUUCUGACUGGUAGUAAUGGGCUCGAUCAAUUUCUUACUCAAUUUGAAGCAGCUGUAGUUAGUGACUUCCCAAAUUACCAGAAUCAUGAUGUAACAGAUUCGGAUGCUGAAACACUCACAAUACUUGCUGAAUUAUUUUUGGAGAAAGCUGCUCAAUGGUUUGAAGUUGUUCAUGCUAUCAAUUGCAUUGAUGUACUGAGAUCUUUCGCUGUUACUUCUAGCUUUUCAUGUGGAACUAUGUCUAGGCCAGUCAUAGUACCAGCAUCAAAAGGAACAAGACAAGACAGUGGAGGACCUGUGCUCAAGGUGAAGGGACUAUGGCACCCAUUUGCCUUUGCAGAGAGUGGAUGUUUGCCUGUCCCCAAUGACAUAAUCCUUGGUGAGAAUGAAGAUGGGUCACAUCCUCGCACACUGCUGCUGACUGGACCAAACAUGGGUGGGAAGUCAACACUUCUGCGAGCUACCUGUCUAGCUGUUAUUAUGGCCCAGCUAGGCUGUUAUGUGCCAAGUGAAAAUUGUGUUCUCUCAGUUGUGGAUAUCAUCUUCACACGGCUUGGAGCCAAAGAUAGAAUCAUGACAGGCGAGAGUACCUUCUUUAUUGAGUGUACAGAAACUGCAUCAGUGCUUCAUAAUGCAACUCAAGAUUCUCUUGUUAUCCUUGAUGAAUUGGGUCGGGGAACAAGCACUUUUGAUGGCUAUGCCAUUGCAUAUGCAGUAUUCAGGCAUCUGAUUGAAAAGGUUAACUGUCGCUUGCUAUUUGCAACACAUUACCAUCCGCUAACAAAAGAAUUUGCCUCACAUCCACAUGUUACAAUGCAGCACAUGGCUUGUGCUUUCAAAUCAAAAUCUGAUACCUAUUCCAAACGUGAUCAGGAACUAGUCUUCCUAUAUCGGCUUGCCUCAGGAGCAUGUCCGGAGAGUUACGGGUUGCAGGUAGCCCUCAUGGCUGGAAUCCCAGAAAAGACGGUAAACAUCGCUUCAAAGGCUAGUCAACAGAUGAAAAAAUCAAUUGGACAAAGUUUUAGGUCAUGCGAACAGAGAUCAGAGUUCUCAACUCUUCAUGAAGAAUGGUUGAAGACCUUGGUGUCUAUCUCACGAAUAGAGGAUUGUAAAUCUUAUGACGAAGAUGUUUUAGAUACAUUAGUCUGUCUUUGGUAUGAGCUUCAAAUUUCAUUUAGAUCAGGCAAGUAGAGACGGGGAGCGCGAUACGUAGGGUUAAUAAUCUGACUUGUAUAGGGCAAUCUGUAUAAUUAUUCUUAAUACGUUAGUGAUUAAGCACAUUUCAUUUUGCGAAA